CCAAUACAGAGAGGAGAAAGUAAAGUAAAACCCUUUCUCGUUGAAUCGAAGAAGAAGGGGCAUAGCAAAAUCAUGGAGUCGCCAUCUCAAUCAUCAUCAUCAUAUCCAAGUGCUUCUCGAAUCUCGGAUUCUAAUUGUUAUCCUCAGUACUCUGCUUCUCUCAAGUGUUUAGAAGAAUUCAGCACUGAUAAGAGUAAAUGUCAGGAGUAUUUUGAUGUUUAUAAGGAAUGCAAGAAGAAAGAGAGGGAAGCUAGACUGGAACGGAACAAGAACAGAUCCCUUUUCUCGUAGUAUUCUCAUACUAAAACACGCAAUACAAUGUAACAGUGACUUGAAAUCUCCUCACAUCCUUCCUUUUGGUUACAGACAUUUUGAUCUUUCAGUUUCAUGCCUCUUGUUCUUUCAAGAAAUCAUUGUCAUUUUGUAUUAGCGUUAAAAAAAGCAGAGAUUUUGACUGUACCGAAAAUGGGUAAAUUUACCAAGUGAAAAUACAUUAAAGUUGCUAGAAUUCAAAUAUGCUGCUUAUAAGUUU